AUGGACACUAGUCCAAGCCAAAGUGGGACCCCGGCUCCCUAUGGCCGGGCAUGCGUCAACUGCUCUCGAGCCAAAAGCAAAUGUAUCUUGCUUACAGUCGGCAGAGGUUGUGAGAGGCUCACCGCCCGUAGAUGUCAACGACUGAAGAAAGAUUGUCGACCGUCGCCGACGGUGCGAAAGCGAAGUAGUCGCUCAUCGGCUUCCAAAACAGCUCAAUUAGAGGCAAAGCUUGAUAGUAUUGUUUCGUUACUGCAAACUACCAAUUCGAAUUCCGGUCUGCCCGUAGACUGGGAUUCAAGCGCCUCGGGGUCAAAGCAACCAUCACCGUUUCAGUGUCACCCUACUGACCUACCAUCUCCACCACCUACGAUGCCUUCGCCAAACAAUAGCUCAAUAUUGGAUGUUUGCACCUCAAUGCAAAUUGCCCCUGACAUUGCCGAAAAGACCAUCAACGACUUUCGUAAACAAAACUUGAAGUUACUCCCUUUUCUUCACAUUCCCUCUCAUGUCACCUCUCAGCAACUUCGCAACGACAAGCCAUUUCUCUGGCUAUGCAUCAUGGCUGUCAACACCCCAGGCGAGAGUAAAAGGAACAUUCUUUUCACCAAAGUAACAGACCUCAUUCACCAAGAAAUUAUCGUCGGGGUCUCCCCAAACAUGGAUAUCCUCCUAGGACUUAUGACGUUUAUAUCAUGGAAUACUUUUCAGAGGAGACCAUUUAUCAACUUCUAUGCCCACAUGCUCAUGGGAAUCAUCUGCGACAUGGGAAUAAAUAAAGCUGUCCCAAAAGACCUGUCAACUUUGCAGGCUUUCAAAUGCGCAGUGGGCUGGCAACCACAAAUAAUUACCACAAGAACCUUGGAAGAAAGAAGGGCUGUUCUAGGAUGCUUUCUUAUUACGUCUAGUGUUGCAUUGAACUUGAAUCGGAUUGAUGCCUUGAGAUGGAGUCCACAUAUGGAAGAAAGUUUGACCGUCUUAACAGAAUCACAUGAAUGCCCUGAGGAUGAAAUCCUGGUAAACCUGGUCAAAAUCCAAUUGGUGGCAGACAAGGUAUAUCAAGCUCGGCGAGACGGUGAUGACCAGUUACUAUCACGCUUCUACAUCAAAUCAUUUCAAGCGCAACUUGAUAUUGUACGCAAACAAAUCCCCGUACACCUACAACAAAAUGAAACUGUUUUGGCGUACGUGUUCAACGCUGAGCUCGUCAUUCACGAUUGGGCUAUCCAAGCCCCUAUUGACCCACAAUCCCCCGAGCUUUCCCGACUCGAGAGCCUUUGUGCCUCUCUACAUGCCACUAAAAACUGGCUAGAUGUCUGGCUCUCCGUUUCACCUUUUUUGUGCCAGGCCCUUCCGUUUACAUCUUUUUUCCAAUUCUCAAGGGUCAUUGUGAGCCUGUUCAGACUAUCCACUUUGGAAGAUCCAAGCUGGGACAAGACCAUGGUUCGGAACACUGCCAAUGUCCUCGACUAUCUCGACAGAACAAGUUACAGCAUGAAGAGAUGUAUUGAAACGACCAUGUCUCCCGAUGAUCCGGACUGGUGCGUCCUUGAAAAAGGAACCAGAAUAGUCCAAUCAUUAAAACAAGGAUGGGAGCCAAAGCUUAUGGAAGUAUGGUAUCCGAGCUUGCCGUCGAGUGAUCUCAGUGGUGACGAAUUCGUUCCACCAGCCCCUGAUCUCGCCAUGUUACCUAUCAAUGGCCUUGACGAUGCAUGGAUGAUGCAGAUACUUGGUUCCAUGUGA